AAUUUAAAGAAAAAAAUGAAAAAAGGAAAGGAAGAAGAAAUAAAGAAACAUCAAAGAGAGCUUCCAAUUCUUGUCAGGAUGCUUCUCUCUCAGACUCUCACUGUGUUUGUAAUGUAAAGCUAAGGCAUGUCUCUCCUCCAUUACCUACCCCUGACAACUCCACUUCUUCUUUUUACUACCCAAUAGCCCAGAAGUGAAAACCCCAGAAUGGAAACCCUUGAAAAUUUUAUUGAAUUUGGAGAUCUUGACAAUGCAGAUGAAUCUGUUAGGUGUGAAUGGGUUUAUUUCCAAGUGGGACCUUUGGAUUCUCUUCUAUAAGACCUAGGGCUUGAGUCCAAGAUCGGUUCUUUUCCUUUAGCAGCAGGCUGUGGACCAGGCGGUUCACCAACCAGUGUAUGGAGUUUGUGUUCUUUGUUGGUCGAAAUCUGAUGUUUUUCUGUGCUUGAUUUCGGUCAAAUGAUGUCUAAAUGCGUGUUCUACUUCUUGGAAAUGUGAAACUUAUUCUAUUUGUUUUUUUGAUUUAAUAUGGGUUUGGCAGUCGGUGGACUUUCAUUUUUGCUUCCUUCCUUUCAUUUCAAACUUCUUCAGUUUCUUUUUAGAGACUAGAUUGCUGUUCUUCUAAGUCCUCUUUUCUUGUCAUUCUGUGCAAUUCCUUCUCUUACCUUCUUAUGUUAGUUUAUCCUCGUGCCUUCACCACUUGCUUUUCAUUUCUGAGUGAACUGUGUGAUGCUGCCUGGUUUUGGAUUUGGCUUUUCUAUUAGAUUUGUUUGUGGGCAAGUUAUCUUGGUGUGAUUUAGAGUUGAAAUUUUGUAAAAUAGUUUGCUUCGAUGAUCAGUUAGUCUUUUAGGAAUAAAAUGCAGGGCAAGUAAUUAUGUUGAAUUGUUGGAUGCAAAGGGUUGAGCUUUUUUAAUUCUCUUACUUGUGCGUUUCAGGCAUCUAGGUGUUAGCAAAAAUGGCUUCUGAUCUUAACCAGACUUUAUCAAAGACAUAUAUUGGUCUGCAGUUGUGGGUAAUAAUUGUGAUAGGCUUGGGAUUAAUUUUUGGAGUGGUCCUUGGGUUAUCUCUGUGGCUUAGUUUUCGGAAGAAAUCCAGGAGGUCUAAUGACAUGCUUCCAGUGAGCCAACCAGCCUAUAUUUCAGAGGAGAUUAAGGAAAUAAGGGUUGAUCAGGCCUCAGCAAACAAUGCUUUCAGGGAUACCCUUCAUGACAAGUUUAAUGAGAGGGAAUCAGAGAACGGUCUGAUCAACAUUGAGCAUGGAGAUGAUAGUGAAUCAGGUUCGUUCAAUCAUCUAGAGAAAGAUGUUAAAGGGCCUCAAUCGGGAGAGGAUGGAGGCACUGGUGCAGUUUCCACUUACAAGCCUUCUUCACAUCCCCUGACUGCUCCUUCACCUCUGUGUGGCCUACCUGAAUUUUCACAGUUGGGCUGGGGUCAUUGGUUCACCUUAAGAGACCUACAGCAAGCAACUAACCGGUUUUCUAGGGAUAAUAUUAUUGGUGAUGGAGGGUAUGGAAUUGUUUACAAAGGCAAUCUAAUUAAUGGAAAUCCUGUGGCUGUCAAGAAGCUUCUCAACAAUCCUGGUCAAGCUGAUAAGGAUUUCAGAGUGGAAGUUGAGGCUAUUGGGCAUGUCAGGCAUAAAAACUUAGUUCGACUUCUAGGAUACUGCAUUGAAGGAACACAGAGGUUAUUGGUGUACGAGUAUGUCAAUAAUGGCAACUUAGAACAGUGGCUCCGUGGAGAUAUGAGUCAUAAAGGAUAUCUUACUUGGGAGGCUCGCAUUAAGAUUCUUCUUGGCACUGCAAAAGCGUUGGCUUAUUUGCAUGAGGCAAUUGAGCCAAAAGUUGUGCAUAGAGAUAUUAAAUCAAGUAACAUAUUGAUUGAUGACAAUUUUGAUGGUAAGAUAUCUGACUUUGGUCUGGCCAAAUUGCUAGGUGAUGGGAAAAGUUACAUCACAACUAGAGUCAUGGGUACAUUUGGUUAUGUGGCUCCAGAAUAUGCCAAUUCCGGCCUUCUGAAUGAGAAAAGUGAUGUUUAUAGCUUUGGGGUUCUGCUUUUAGAAGCGAUCACUGGAAGAUAUCCUGUGGAUUAUGGCCGCCCUCAGCCUGAGGUAAAUAUGGUGGAGUGGCUAAAGAUGAUGGUUCAACAAAGGCGUUCAGAGGAGGUUGUAGACCCAAACAUUGAGACUAGACCCUCAACAAGUGCCCUUAAACGGGCUCUUUUAACUGCUUUAAGAUGUGUUGAUCCAGAUGCUGAGAAAAGACCAAAGAUGAGUCAGGUUGUUCGCAUGCUUGAAUCAGAGGAAUAUCCUCUUUCCCGAGAGGAUCGAAGACGCCGGAGGAAUCAGAACACAGAGGCUGAGCAGCAAAUGGAUAAUUCUGAUGUUCAUCAGAGUAAUGAUCCAGAUUCAAGGUUGGAAAGCAGGAAGGACCAUCCCAAAUAGAUUGGGGGGAAAGUCAUAUGCAGAAGCUAAAGAGUACAAUGUUAACUAUUACUCUCUUCACCCUCAAAGUCUUGGAGCUCCACCAUGGAUCGGAUUGAACUGCAGGGAGCAGAUGCAGGGAACUCUGAGAUUUUCUUUUGCACUCACUUUUUCUUACCUUGUGUACUUCUAGAUGGUAGAGGUAAAAUUAGUUUGUGUCUGAAAACGGCUUUGUCAUAAGACACCAUUGCUGCCGACAGUUCUCUGUACAGUUUUUAUGGAUUUUUCUCUCAUUUUCCCCUUCUUUUGGUCUAGGUUUUGCUGUAUUCUUCUCUCAAGAGGAAUCUAUUUGUGAAUCUAUUUCAUUGUUGAAAAGAAUGCUAAAGAAAAGGGGUUAAAAAUA